AUGGCCGAAGCCGAAACCCCAAGUGCGCCCGUGACUGAACCGGUCCAGUCCAUCGAAGUCGAGCCUGCUGUCAAGGAAGAGGAUGCGGCUGAUGACAAAUCUGACAAUGAAGGCGACGGUGCUGAAGAAGCCGAGGACGUCGCCGGAGAAGAACAAGAUGAGCCUGCGGUUUCUAUCGAACAGUACAAGGCCUUGAAAAACAUCACCGAUGUCGUGACGAAUUACAAGAUCAAGGUCAAGGAUGAGGACUACUAUCCUUCCCAGCUCUUUAGGCGCAAGCCCAACAGAAGGGUCCUACCAGAUUACCACGAAAUCAUCAAGGACCCUGUGGCUAUCAGUACUCUUAAGCAGAAGAUACAGAGAAAGCUAUACACAGGCAUCCCUGAGUUCGUCCGCGACUUUGCCUUGAUUGUUCACAACGCCCAGGUAUAUAACAGACCGAACUCGGCUCCCGUGCGCGAUGUCCUCCUGUUGCAGUCCAUCUUCAAGGAGGAACUCAAGAAGCUGGUGGAUGAAGGUUUGAUUCAGGAAGAGGAAACGGUUUUCCCAGACCUCGGAGAAAUCCCCGAUGCAACCCCUGAACCGAGCCCGGUGUCCGACGAUGACGACGACAAUGAGGACGAGGAGGACGAGGAGGACGACGACGGAGCCGAUGACGAUUCUGAAGAUGAUCGGAGGAAGAGAAGGCGGAAAAGCGGCCGCCCGAGCAUUUCAGGACGCAAGGGCCGCGAUGAAGGCGACGACGCAGAUCUACGAAAGCGACGAGGACGACCUCCCAAGGUCGACACGCCAAUGGAAGCUCGAAUCAAAGCCAUCCUCAAGGGGCUCCGCAAGCCGAAGGACGACGCAGGUAAUUUGAAAGUCCGUCAUUUUGAACGAUUGCCGGACAAGACGGAGUAUCCGGCUUAUUUUGUUGAGAUCAAGGAUCCAAUCGCCCUCGAUACUAUCAAGAAAAAGGCCAAGAGAAAGAAGUAUCAGUCACUUGAACAAUUCAUGAAGGAUAUUGAUCUUCUCUUCAACAAUGCAAAGCAAUUUAACGAGGAUGGCAGUGAGAUCUACCAAGAUGCGGUAGAUCUUCACGCCGAAGCGCAGAAAUUGGCCGAAAUCGAAAAGGCCAAACCUGACGACGAGUACCUCAUGGAAGAUGGCCGAAGACCCUUGCCAGCUGGUAUUUUCUACAAAAAUGAAAUCUGGAAGGUCGGCGACUGGGUUCACAUUCAAAACCAGAACGAUGUGACCAAGCCAAUUGUUGCUCAAAUAUAUCGGACCUGGGAGGAUUCUGAGGGUCAGAAAUGGAUCAAUGCUUGUUGGUACUAUCGACCAGAACAAACUGUGCAUCAGUACGAAAAGCAUUUCUGGCCGAAUGAAGUUGUCAAAACCGGCCAGUAUCGAGACCAUCAGAUUGAGGAGGUGAUCGAUCGUUGUUUUGUCAUGUUCUUUACCAGAUACACUCGUGGCAGACCUCGAAACGUCGAUCCAACAAAGGAGGUCUAUGUCUGUGAAGCCCGGUACAAUGAGGAGAAGCACAGCUUCAACAAGAUCAAGACGUGGGCCAGCUGUUUGCCUGACGAGGUCCGAGACAAGGAUUAUGAGAUGGACUUGUUUGAUGUGCCUCGAAAGAUCAAGAAAGUACCCAGCCCACUCAAGCAUCUCUUGAAGGACAACAUGAAAGAGACGGAUGAGAUUCCUUCUCCUCAAUGGGGCCAUCCCAAUGCACCACCAAUUGUGGGCGGAAUCCAUAAACAUGCCCGCGGCGAAAAUCAAUCGCCGCCACCAGUUCCGACACCUCCUCCUCCUACACCUCCGCCUGUCGCGAGACAACCUUCGUUGACCACUGCUGCACCGCGUCCUAUGAUUAAUGGCGCAGGAAAUCACGUUCCGCCGAGUCUGCAGUCUCAGCUGACGCGCCCCUCACCGUCUUUGACUCCCAAUCCAUUCCAACACCAGUCGAUCUCGCCUGCUCCUCAGUAUAGCCGACAGACCUCCUAUCAGCAGUCACAGCCUCAUCUCCAUCCAACCAUUGCUCCCCAGACACCAGCCUCGCAACAAUCACAUCAUCCUUAUAACCCGCAACCCCAGAUCCACCCUCAGCCGGCAUUGACUCCCGCCCACGCCGCAAACUACUCGUCUUCUACCACUCCCUCCCAGGGGAUGUAUAAUCGCCCUCUUCAAGGACAACCGGCAACCGCCGCUACUGCCACCUCUGCUCAACCAUACGUACCUUUCCCUUCGUCGGUUACCGCUGGUUUCCCCGACCAACGCGUCGCCGAAGUCUUUGUCCUCUCAGACGCCGCCAACGAAUCGAUCCCAAAACACAUUCGCGACCGAUUCCCACAGGACGACCAAGGGCGCGUCCUGUUCUUCACGAAACCGCCCGUCCUGCAUGACAUGACGGUCAGAGGGAGAGAUGGACAGCCUUUAAGACAUACGGAAAAAUAUCUGGCCGCCAGAAAGGAGAAGGAGCGGUUGAGAGAGGAGAGGAAACGCGCGAGAGCAGAGGCCGAGAAGGCGGACAAAACAGACGCAAUGAAACGUGCGAGAAUUACUGUUUGA